AUGAAAUAUUCCAGUGAGAAAACAUUUCAAAGCUAUCUUUUUUCUUCUCGAAUAGUCGGGUCUCUUGAACAAGCAUCAUCAAGUCGAUGGAUUCAAAAUGGUAAUCGACAAUUACUACAAUUGAUGACGAAUCGACAAGUCAAUAUGAAUGAAAAUAAUACUCCUGUUAGUAACAAUCAAUCGAAUAAUAAUGAACAAAAUUCUAAAACUCCACCAUUGAGCUGGCCAGUAAACAUAACAAAUGCAAGAACAACAAAUGAAGAUGCCAAAGAUAUAGGCGAAAAGAAUUGUAACGAUCUGAAAAGUACUUUAUCAAAGCAUUUGAUCUUUAAACAAUUUGAUAAAAGUCCCAUCCAGUUUAUCGUCUAUGUGUACAUGAUGCAGGUACAGGUUCGUUGUGUAUUUAUGCGAGUUGGUGAAAUUGAUACAUUGAAUGAACGUUAUUAUGCUGAAAUACUUUUCGAAGCUUCUUGGGAAGAACCGAAACUCAAAGGUCUACAUAAGAAAUCUUUCGAUCCAAUGGUCUACUGGACACCACAACUCGAAUUAGUGAAUNAGAUCCUUUAA